AUGACAAACAGCAUUUACGACGCAACAACAGCCUCGUCACGGCUUAGUAUCGGCAGCACAGCGAGUGGGUCGCGGCGGCACAGCUUGCUCUCGACAGAUGAGCCCACAUACGACAAUUACGAUUAUGCGAAUGCGUGGAGCACGCAUGGCGACAAGUUGAGCCGGUGGCGAACAGCAUACAUUGCGAGUGAGACGGGUGACGUAGACGGGGUGCAGUCGACAUCGCUGGCGCUGCCGGACGAGUCACGGUUCACGACUUGCUUGGCAAUGAGCGAGGACCAGCCCCUGCUCGCGGUCGGGUCGGGGUCGUACGAGACCAACAUGUUCUUCGUGCAGAGUCUCGACGACCAGCUGGAUGUCAAGGCGUCGUUUGCGUCAAAGUUUCCGAUAUAUUCAUUGGCGUUCCAGGCGAACCUGCUGAUGGCUGGUACAGAGCGCAACACCAGCGUGCUGUACUCUGUCGACCGAUCGAGGCUGCUUGGGUAUCCCAGCGAGGAUGGGUCUGACAACAGUGAAAAGCCGCUUGUCAAGUGCGUGGGCACGUACAAGAACAAGGCAGCAAAGAGCAUCGACAUUGCAGCGCCUGGAAACCACAUCCCGACACGGCGUGUCAACUGUGUCGAAUUCUCGCCGGCCUUCUCGCAGGGUGGGUCGGGGCAGAGCUGGCCGCCAGCGUCGGUCAACUCGACCUCAGCCAUGUUCUUCUCGUGUCUCGGCGGCGUAGUCAACGUGUGGGAUGCCACGCGCAACCAGCACGCACUUCGUGUCGAGAAGGUCUCGAAUCAGCCUCUGAGCUGCGCCCAGUGGAACAUGCAUUCGCCAGCCAAUAUUGUUGCUGCUGCAGGCGUCGACGGUGUGGUCAACGUACUGGACUUUAGGCGGCGUGGCAAAUCCGUUGUCUGGCGCACAUCUACCAAUGACAUGGCGCCCCUGGGCGCCGCCGGGUGGGCAGUCAAUGAUGUCAAGUGGUCGCCGUUCGUGCCGUACUGGCUGGCCAGCGCCGACGAGUCAGGGCAGGUCAGCAUCUGGGAUCUGCGGUUUGCAGCGUCUGGCGGCUCGCCAAUCGCGACGGUACGGCACCCGACCAGCUAUGGAUCCAUCAAGAGCGUGGGGUGGAGCCCGACCCAUGUGGAUCUGCUGUCCAGCGGGACCGGCGACCGCACAUGGUGGCUGCAUUCUCUGCGCGUCGAGGAUAGUGGGGACGUUGGCGGCAAGGAACAAAGCGUCCAUGGCACAGUGGUUGCUGACAAGCGCGCCGCAGACGACAUUGGGGCAGUCAUCUCGGUGCAGGCCAAGGGCAGCACGUACUACACACUGAGCUCGUGCGGCGACCUGUACUCGCACCGCAUAACACCGGCGGCUCUUCACGGCGGCGCGGUCCACCGCAUUGAUGGCGACCAGUUCCGCCGCACAGAGGGUGCUGUAUAUGCUCGCGAUCUAAAGGAGGCGGCCGGGUCAGUCCUUGGGCUGAUUGAGAAGCUCAAGGAGGAAACAGACAGGGCUGCUGCUAGCACAGCAGGUGACGGCCAGCCCGUUGCAGAGGCCGAUGGGUCGGUGGGUGCCGGUGAGCACCCGAUUAUGAAGUACUCUGACAGCAUUCGCUCGCUGUGCGAUUUGUUCAAGGCGAAGCCCAAAUUGACCAAUGAGUCGUGGAAGAUUGCGCCGCUGUCAAGCAAUGCAGAGCAGUCGUCGGUCGAGCAGGAUAACCCCAAGGCUGUUGCCAGCUUCAUCGACGACCUAUCGCUGCUCGGCUAUGGGCUGCCGCCUGGGUACCCGCUGGAAGCGACGGUCUUGCGCGACCAGGUGGUGUGGCAGGCACUGGAGCGACUGAAUAUGUCGAAUCUGCGGAUCAAGCUGUCAGACAUGUUGGCUACUGCCGACGAGGAGCAGGCACAGGAUCCGAAUGCAGUGCCCAAGAAUGCCGACGGCCAGCCGAUCUGGAAGGCCAUCAUGGAGCGCGAAAAGCAGCUGAUCCAGUACCUGAAGAGCGAGCCCAGUCUGUUUGACCCGCGGCUUCUUCGCCGGGUGGUCAAGCUGAUUCUGCCGCACGACUGUAUUGCUGGGUUGAAUCUGGGCCUCGGUAUCUGCCAGGCGUACCUGGACAUGCAGAGGCCGUGUGCGCCGCUGGAUGGGCUGGUGCAUGUGCUGCUGUUCCCGACUGUGUUUGAUGCUGAUUCAGGCGGCAGUGCUAGCGAUGCCGACGGCAGCAUGGUGACACGCUCAGUUGUGGCCCCCGACGUACAGAUUGUGCGUGACCGCAUCAGCGAAUGUCUGUUUGCGUGUCCACAAGUGGUGUUUGAGAUGAUCCGGCUUGAGAUCAAGAUCCAAGAGACUGUGCUCAAGGGCGGUGAGCAGACCGCAGUGGCCGAGGCCAUCGUCAGCAUCGUCAAGGAACAUGCAAAGACCGCUUGCCGGCUGCUGAACGAGUCGGCCAACCAGAGGCAGAUUCAAAUCCACCCUAGCUACCCGGCCACCACCACGCUGUCGGCCAGUGCGGUGCGAAUGUACCUGAACUCGUUGGUGCCAAUGCGUGCUUACGACGAGUACCUAAUCAAUACGCAGUGGUGGCGCGUAAUGCCCGCGCGUGUGUCGAGCGAGGAGGGCCAUACAAUAGGCAGCGACUCUGGCUGGCUGUCGUCCUACCCGCUGGCGCGCACACUGAACAAGCAGACUGCGACGCUGGUGGUGCCGCGGUUCCGGCGCCAGAUUGAUGUUGUCCUGUCCACGGUCCAGAAGGAGCCGCUGAGCCUCGAGCCGCGGCUGUACCGCGACACACUGGUCAAGGUUGCGAGGAUGAAUCUGCUGAUGCGGCACGAGCAUGCGCUUGACUUUGAGGUCAACGGCCAGGUCGUGACAACCGGUAUCCCGACGGAGCUGUUGGCGACGGCAUUCCGCGAUAUCGGGUCGGCGUUCCUGAUGCUACUCGAAGCGCUGACGCGCCACACGAGCCACCGCGACUCGUUUAGGCGGGCGGCCAACGAGGCAAUGCCGCUGCGCGAUUCCUUGGCCGGGCUUGUCAAGAGCGAGUCUGAGUCGGGUGACGCGACGAAGCGUGUGGAGCUGGUGGCCAUUGCCAAGUUCCUGCGGCAGCUCGAGCAGUAUGCGGUAUCGAACGGCGUGCCACAAUGA